AGUGAAUCCCCUUGGCGUGGUGUACCUUGUAAAUGGAGCCGUCUUGGCAUGCGCGCGGUCACGUGGUCUUUCGGGAACUCUGACAGGGGCGGAGCCGUCAGGAAAUUUAAACCGUAGCCGCGACGAGGGCGCCUGGAGAAUGAUGUUAUAGUUGCAGAGCAACAGCCAGAGCUCUGGAGUCGGAAAAAGUUCUUGGAGUCCGCGAAUGUAAUACAGCGGCCUUGAAAAAGGAGUAGGGAGGCUGAGAAAGAACCGAGAAUUUGGGAGAGCCGGGAAAGGAAGGGCGACGAUUGCCUUGAGCUGAAGAGUUCAAUGGCUGAGAGUAGGCUCCGGGCUCCGGACCUAGGGGCUCAGCUAAGAGUUUCCAGUUGUCUGGGAAAAUGCGAGAAGAGCUCACCAGAUGCUGGGAGGCGGCAGCCCUUUUCUGGAAAGUCCUUUUACUUGGAUUUGCCUGCUGGCAAGAAUCUCCAGUUUUUGAUGGGGGCUAUCCAGCAGCUGGGCGGGGUAAUUGAGGGUUUUCUGAGCAAAGAAGUAAGUUACAUCGUGUCUAGCCGCAGGGAGGCCAAGACAGAGAGCAGUGGGACAAGCCACAGAGGCUCCUCCAGCCCCAGCGACGUCAGAGUGGAAAUACCAUCCAUGGACGAUCCAAAAGGCAGCCACGCCAGGCCUUCACAGAAACCCGUAGAUGCGGUGCCUAUGAGCAGAGGGAAAGAGCUUCUACAGAAGGCCAUCAGAAACCAGGGAAGAAGCAGCAGCGGAGGCGGCAGUGGGAGCAGCAGCAGCGUCCUGACCAAUGCCCGCUCCUGGGGAGUGAGGAUUCUGCAUGUGGACGAAAUGAUGAUGCACGUGCAACAACUCUCUCUAGAUGCUUUAUGUGUGAAGAAACAAGGGCCAAAGAAGCCAGAGGGAACAUGUCCAGCAGAGUCAAGAACGCGGAAAGUGGCCAGACUGAAAGCACCGUUCCUCAAAAUCGAAGAUGAGAGCAGAAGCUGGUUUCUCCCCUGUCGUGGAGAAGUCUCACACAGAGCAGGAGGAGCCUCUGAGGGCAGCAUUGCACAGCUGGCCCUCCUCUUGGUCACGAGUCAGAGGAAGUUUCGUCCUUUCCACCAUCAGUUUAAAUCCUUUCCUGAAAUUUCUUUUCUGGGACCCAAAGAUGCAAGUCCCUUUGAGGCCCCGACGACCCUGGGCGGCGCACAUCGUACCAGAGAACCCAAGGAUCGGGAACCAAGUCCACAAUCAGCUGCUCGCACCAUGCCCAGGAGGAAGAAAGGGUACUGCGAGUGCUGCCAGGAGGCCUUUGAGGAGCUCCACGGGCAUCUCCAGAGUGCCCAGCACCAGGGCUUUGCACUAGAAGCCUACCCGUAUGCAGAAGUCGAUCGGAUCAUCGCCCAGCUCAGCCACAGCUUUGCGGACAUCCCCUUCCAGGGCAGCCUCCCCAGGCAGCGAGGCUCCCUGGCUUCGGAUUAUGACCCUCUGUGUCCUGAGACGGUGCCUUGCAGCCAGCCCUCCCAUGCCCGGGCAGCAUCUUCCAGGAUGAGGGAGAAAGACGACCACCAGGCCCCAGGCAUCCCGGAACAGAAUGGGAUAGUGGGUGGCACGAAGGCACCAGCUGAACAUGUGGGGACUGGCAAGACACCCGGACCAACAGCAAGCUGCCAAGAGCUGGGGGGGUCUGUUGGUACCAUCGUGGACCCCCCAGAGACACUGGUGCCCAGUAGCCCUGCUGGCCAAUGCCUCCUGAGCAACCCUGGUUUGGCGGACCUCUCCUCCGGCACAGACCUGGCACGCGUUGGCCACAAGAGGAAGGUUCAGUUCCCCAGUGGCAGUGCUGAGAAGAGGCCAGGGCUCUCCUGGCCACAGGCCUCAUUCUUGGUCCCAAGAGGCCCCCGUCCCUGUGGCGCCAGGACAGCCAGUAGCAGACAUCUUUCUUUUCCCCUUCCAGGCCGUGAGCCCAGGCCUCUGGCCUCCCUCCUGCCCUUAUGCCACCCACAGCCCAGCCGCUCCCUCUCAGAUCCCUCCCCCUGGCAGCCCACAGACAGACCAUCAGAGCUCUGGGCCACACAGCCCCCCUGGCCGGGGAGAGGAUGUUCCCCAGGACCUGAGGAUUCUGAGUGUGCAGCCCCUGGCCCUGUCUCCCAGCAGGUUGACCAGCUUCCCGGCUGCCCCACAGGCCCAGGCCAGCUGUCAUCCCACCUGCACUCAGCUGUGGGCACUCAACCCCCAGGAGGACCUGUGGACAGCCAGGCUACCUCUCUCCCCCACCCUCUGCCAGCCAGCAGGGGAGCCAGCCUCUCCCAGUCCCUCGCCUCCCUGUCUCCCAGCCCCAGCCCAGCGGCAACAGAGAACUCCUGUGAGCCCUCGAGGGCACAAGGCUCUUUGUGGGGCCACACAGCUACUGACUCGAGGGCCAGGUACACAGAUAGACGUUAUACCUCUGCGAAGUGCUGCUCACCCAGUCAGGGCAGAACAAUACGCGGAGGAGCAGUGCCCCAGGGCCUCCCUGAUGGAGCCAGAAGGAGCCCCGGGGCCUGGCCUUUGAAGUCCAAGUGAACAGCAGUUGUCACGACCAAGCUCUGUGGGUCGAGAGAGCCAGUCCCCCACCCACCCAUUCCCCAAGUAGGACCAAGAGAGUGUGGGCUUGGGGGCUGCCCUCCUCUACCCCUACCUCCAGCCAUGUUCCUGACUGGGCAGUGAUCUGUGAUGGGCUUGUCCAGCCAUGGCUAGCUGCCUACUUGCCAGGAGGCAGAGGCAAGGUUGGCAUAGGGAGGGAUGAACCCUGGCCCGGCCUCCACUCUGCAGGCACUUGCCUGUUUGCAGAGCCCAGGGUUAGCGGUGUUCCCCACACCAGCCUCCUUUCCCACAAGCAUGUGGUUCUGCUUUCCGAAACGCCUGUGUUUGUGUCCCCUCCCCCAGCCCCCCACGCUGUGCGCUCAUCCGCAGGAACAUAUGAAGCAGAGGAGGGGCUCGGCUGUGGCACUUGCAGAGCUCCCCCCCUUCCCCACCAUGACUGGGGGCCCAGCACUGACCUUUCCCCUGAGCGAGCCCCCUCAGGACAGACCCCUGUCUGCUUUUCUCUGCCUCAGCCCAGGGUUCUGUCCCAGGGUCAGUGGCUCACCUGCCAACUUCUCCAUCACCCUCUUUCCCCCCUCCCUAAGGACCUCCCCCCAUUUCUUUCAGCCAAGCCAUUAAUCUGAAGACAGAGAUGGGUUUGCUAUUGAUUCUUUGGCCACUUUUUUAUUACAUUUUGUACUGUGGUUCUAUUCACCCUUCUGUGCCUCUGUGUGUUUGUCUCUUUAAAUGUUGAAGCUACCAGAAGCCUGGUGCUAUUCUGUAACUCCUUUUGGAGGAAGAAGGGGGGGCCUAGCUGUGGGUGAGGACCUGAGUUGUUAGUUUGGAAAUAGAGCAACUGUGUGUACAACCCUGCGAGAGGUCAUGUUUGGCCUUUUUAUGCCAUUUCUGUUAAACUUCACAAUUAAUCUUGGUUCAGGAGCUGUAAAUAAAGUUGUUAAUAACAAAUAGCAAAGAAAUGGGGCUGGAGUACAGUGUGUCAGGCCUUCAUCUGCCCUCUAGUGACCCGAGGCAGGGCUGAGGGUCCAGCUGACAUGGACAGAAUAGCUGGUUAGCCGGAUGGCAGCCUCCAGCAAGUGGGAGAGCAUGUGAGUGCCACCACCCUCCCGAGGCCUGGCCCUGUGGGCUGAGGGCAGGUGGGGCUGCGUCUGUCCAGUUUUAGGUCACUCACUUGGUCCUGCUGUCCACGGAGUGGCUGCCUCAGAGGGCAAGCUCGCCACCCACUCCCAAGAAAACUCCUUUGCUCUGACUAAGUCCCUAUUAAGGGCCCUGUCCCCUUCCCCGGGACCCAGACAAUGGCUUCCUUCUGGGCCCUGGUGUGACACAUGGGGAUGCCUCAUCCCCCGGUGCCGUUCCCAUAAUGCUGCCCCUCUGGAUGAGAAGCUCCUCCCACCCCUUUCUCAGACUUUCUGAUACCCUCACGUGCUGCUCACUCAGGCUGACACCCCAGGUUCUGACACCCUCAUCACCAUCUGCCUAGGACCUCACAUCCGACUAUGUGGCCCUCCCCUCCCAUCUCAACGAUUGUGACCUUGGAUAU